AUGCGUUUCACCGACUUCUUACUCGAUCGCACCUCUCAGGCCUUGCGCCGUGGCCCUUCCAUUUCCAAGCUCGUUGUCCUCUUCGCCGUCAGUAGUGGAGGCCUUGUUGCAUAUGCUGAUUCAAGGUCCAACUACUUUGUUGAAUCGUCUCAAGGACCUCCCAAGAAGAAACUGGUAGUUCUUGGGACUGGCUGGGCUGGCACGAGUUUUUUGAAAAAUCUAGAUACUUCCCAGUAUGAUGUCCAGGUUAUAUCUCCUAGAAACUAUUUUGCAUUUACUCCUUUGCUACCAAGCGUCACAUGUGGAACAGUGGAAGCACGCAGCAUAGUUGAACCUAUUCGCAACAUUGUUAAAAAGAAAGGUGGCCAAAUAAAAUUUUUGGAAGCUGAAUGUUUCAAGAUUGAUCCAACAAGCAAAAAAAUCCAUUGUAGAUCAAACAUUGGGACAAACUUAGAUGGAAAUGGUGAGUUUAUGCUAGCAUAUGAUUGCUUGGUGGUUGCCCUUGGAGCCAAAGCUAAUACAUUUAACACCCCUGGUGUGGUGGAGAACUGUCAUUUUCUUAAGGAAAUAGAGGAUGCUCAGAAAAUCCGGAGGAGUGUGAUGAAUUGUUUUGAAAGGGCCAGUCUUCCCAAUCUCACUGAAGAGGAAAGACGGAAGAAUGUUCACUUUGUUGUUGUUGGUGGUGGUCCCACUGGUAUUGAGUUUGCUGCUGAGCUGCAUGAUUAUGUCACUGAGGACUUGGCCAUUUUAUAUCCUGGUGUUAAAGAUCUCGUGAAGAUAUCAGUAAUUGAGGCUGGAGACCAUAUUUUGACCAUGUUUGACAAAAGGAUCACUAAGUUUGCUGAAGAGAAGUUCCAAAGAGAUGGUAUUGAUUUAAAAACAAAUUUUAAGGUUGUCAAGGUGUCUGAUAAAGCCAUCACCAUGAGCAAUCCAUCAACUGGCGAGUUUUCUCUACCAUAUGGAAUGGUUGUUUGGUCUACUGGUAUUGGAACACGUCCAGUCAUGCUUGAUUUGAUGAAACAAGUUAAUCAGGCUGGUAGGCGUGUAUUGGCAACUGAUGAGUGGCUUAGAGUGCUUGGAUGCAGCGAUGUGUAUGCUCUUGGUGAUUGUGCUACAAUAAGUCAGCGAAGGGUCAUGGAAGAUAUUGCAGAGAUCUUUAAGGUCGCUGACAUAGACAAUUCUGGAACUUUAACUGUCAAAGAAAUCAAAGAUGUUCUUGAUGACAUCUGCGUGAGGUAUCCUCAGGUGGAACUCUACAUGAAGACCAAGCAGAUGAAGGACUUUUCAGAUUUGCUCAAGGAAUCAAGAAGCAAUGCAAAGUUAGAAUAUAUUGAACUGAGUAUAGAAGAUUUUAAGAAAGCUCUCUGUAAUGUGGAUUCACAGGUCAAAAAUCUUCCUGCAACAGCACAGGUUGCUGCUCAACAAGGUGAGUAUCUUGCUCAAUGCUUUAACAGAAUGAAGGAAUGUGAAGAAAAUCCUGAAGGUCCUCGUCGUAUUAGGGAGCCAGGACGUCAUCGGUUCCGCCCAUUUAGGUAUAAGCACCUUGGACAAUUUGCUCCACUGGGUGGAGAGCAAGCAGCUGCACAGCUGCCAGGUGAUUGGAUCUCAAUAGGCCACAGCACACAGUGGCUUUGGUAUUCUGUGUAUGCGAGCAAGCAAGUCAGUUGGCGCACUCGGAUGCUGGUUGUAUCCGACUGGGCAAGAAGAUUCAUAUUCGGGAGGGACUCUAGUUGCAUCUGAGCCUGAACACUAGCUCAACAAUUUUCUUUCUCCUCUCAGAUGCCACACAGUUUCUAGGAUUGUUUGCAUGCAUUAUUCACUAUUGCUUUAUUCUUUCCACUUUCUCACAGAAUUGCUGGCCACCCACCGGUUUUAUCAAUUUUGAUCUUUGCUAUAGUAUUGAAUUUGUUACUUAUUUAUUUAUUGAACAAACUAAACUAUCUCAACUUCUCCCUCGACUAGGAAGUUAUUAUCCAAUUCUUCUAUUAUGAAGGUG